UUCUUCUACUUGUUCAAAAUGAGGUCAUAGAAUAUUCAUAUCUUCAGAUUCUUGCAUAUGGUAGCUUUUUUUUUUACUCCCGUGCCUUCAGUAACUACGUUAGUCGGAAUCCCAAAACGAAAUUUCAGCUUAAACUCGAAUCACCAAGUUGUGUAUAUGAUGGGAUAGCUUUAAAGUUUAAACCCUUUGCAAUCACCCGUGGAUUUGACUGUACAAAUGAUGGUAUUUGCUGCUUUCACUAAAGUCCUUUCUCAUCUGUCAGGAUUCACUUUGUAAUACGACCAUCCCGAGAGUUGAAACCAUGUCUUUAGUAACAUCCACAGAACCAGCUAUCACAGCAUGUAGAAAUACAAAGCUCUAUUCAGUACAGGGUAGCGGUGACAGUUCUGGCUUGUCCACUCAAAUGUUUGGCUCUGAUAAGCAUAAGCCUAGAUGCAUUACUGAUUCAUACAGCAGUGAGAGCUAUGAAAAGUUGUUUGUUGGCUCUCCUUCGGAAGAGCUUAUGCAUCCAUCUAGUUCUGAUGUUUCAGAAAGUUCAAUUCGCCAGCAGGAUGUCUCUUCUUACCAGCCAAGAGAUUACUUGGAAGUUCAAAGUGCAGAUACAUUAGACGAUGAUACAGAUAAGAUGAAACUGAUGCUUCAAGAACUGGAGAGAGAUCUGCUUGGUGAUAAUGAUGUUGAUGUAGGUGAUAUGUUUGGCACUGGUCUGAACAUGGAAAUAGAUGGUGAAUGGUCCGGUCCUGUCCGGACAGAACCAAUUCAUGAACCACCAAAGGAGUCAUCUUCCUCAGAAUCUAAUCUCAGUAGCAUCAGCAGCAACAAAGAGGCAUCACAUUUUUCAUCUAGGACUCCUAAGCAAAUGCUUAUCGAGUGUGCUGCUGUACUCGCGGAAGGCAACAUUGAAGGAGCUUCAGCCAUAAUAAAUGAGCUUCGCCAGCUGGUGUCGAUUCAUGGAGAUCCUCCUCAGAGAAUCGCAGCCUACAUGGUUGAAGGUCUUGCUGCUCGCGUGGCUGCAUCUGGAAAAUAUCUUUAUAAAGCUUUAAGAUGCAAAGAGCCCCCUUCUUCUGAUAGGCUUGCAGCCAUGCAAAUCCUCUUUGAGGUGUGCCCUUGUUUUAAAUUCGGAUUUAUGGCAGCAAAUGGUGCAAUUAUAGAGGCAUUUAAAGCUGAAAAGAGGGUACAUAUAAUAGAUUUCGAUAUAAAUCAAGGUAGCCAAUAUAUUACACUGAUUCAAUCAAUUGCUAAGUUGCCUGGUAAGCCACCUCACUUGAGGUUAACUGGGGUUGAUGAUCCCGACUCCGUUCAACGUCUUAACGGAGGUCUUCAAAUCAUUGGACUAAGACUCGAGAAGCUAGCUGAAGUACUUGGCGUUUCAUUCGAGUUUCAAGCUGUUGCCUCAAGGACUUCACUUGUCACUCCAUCUAUGUUGGAUUGCCGGCCUGGAGAAGCACUUGUAGUGAACUUCGCAUUUCAGCUGCACCACAUGCCUGAUGAGAGUGUUUCAACAAUAAAUCAGCGAGACCAGCUUCUUCGGAUGGUUAAGAGCUUAAAUCCAAAACUUGUUACUGUCGUUGAGCAAGAUGUGAACACAAACACCUCUCCCUUUUUCCCAAGGUUCAUUGAGGCCUACAGUUACUACUCCACUGUCUUCGAGUCCCUGGACGUUACACUUCCAAGGGAGAGUCAAGACAGGAUGAAUGUUGAAAGGCAGUGCUUGGCACGGGACAUAGUCAACAUUGUCGCUUGUGAGGGAGAGGAAAGAAUAGAGCGGUACGAAGUUGCAGGAAAGUGGAGGGCAAGGAUGACGAUGGCUGGCUUCACUUCUUGUCCAAUGAGUCCAAAUGUGAUCGAUAUGAUCCGGAAGCUAAUCAGGGAGUACUGUGACAGGUACAAGCUGAAGGAGGAUUUAGGAGCACUUCAUUUUGGUUGGGAAGACAAAAGCUUGAUUGUUGCUUCAGCAUGGAGGUAGAAUUAUCAUGUUAAUGUUACCUUUUUCCUGGGUACCUGGCUUAUUUCAGUUAUGUAUGGUCAUUGUAACUAUAAUUUUGUGUAGGAUCCAGAUGCACUUCUUUUGUGCUGAUGUCAAAUCUCAGGGACUAAUAGGGAUUGUUUCUUGUAAUAUAAUAUUGAUCCAUAUAAAAUAUUUGCUCCCAUUUAA